AUGGAUACUAUCUACCCAGGCGCAGCAGCGCCGCCUGAAGGGAUGUCAGUGAAUUUGGACAGCCCUCAGGAUGUUCUACGAACCGUCAACUUUGUCACCCAAGGCCUCACGCUUGCAUUCGUGUCUAUCUUUGUCGCUCUUAGGUCCUAUGCGAAGUUGAAGGUCCUGGGAGGCAGUUUCGGCUUUGAAGACUACGCUACGUUGAUCGCUUAUCUUAUGAUGAUAGGGUAUUGCAUAUGUGGCAUCUUUCUGAGCGUCCAUGGGGGUGGCUUGAAUCAAUGGGAAGUCCGCAAGGGUGAACUGGAACCAUUUUUAAAGUCAGCCUAUGCAGUCACGAUACACUACGCGCCGAUGGCACUCUUCUGCAAACUCGCCCUGCUACUGCUUAUCGCUCGAGUGUUUGGAUCAGUAUACAAGAAGACGAUACAGGGGAUCUACGUUUUCAUGGGCAUGCUGGUGGCAUACUAUGUAGCUGGCCUCGUUAUCAAGAUUCGCAUCUGCUCGCCGAUCUCAGCCUACUGGCACAGCGAAUACGGAAAGUGUCUCGACCAGUCUGCCAUUAUCACUGCCGAUUCAAUUCUGAGCGUCAUCAGCGACCUUGCCAUUCUGCUGCUGCCCACACCACUCACCUGGUCACUGAACAUGCCGAAUAAAAAGAAACUACGCGUGAUCGGCGUUCUCUGUGCAGGAGGGCUGGCCACCGCCUUCAGUAUUUAUCGACUGGGUGUUAUCAUAGCCGAGGGAAAGUCAUCGAACCAGACAAUCGUUUUUGUAAAAGUUGUCUUAUCAGGGAAUGCCGAAGCUGGCAUUGGUAUCAUUUGUGCCUGUCUGCCCGCUGUAAACGCUCUGAUUAUCCGACGCAAGCAGCGAUAUAUGUACUCAGCAACCCACACGCGAAAUUACGGACCAUCCAGAGCGAACGAGACGGCCGCAGGAACUCGAAUCUACGUCAAACAUGACUUCCAUCUGGAGAGUACGCCAAGGGUGGAGAAAGAGGUCGGGGAUAACGCUUUUGAACUGCACAGUGAUGAUAGCCAACUUGUGGCAAACGCCCAAGCAGACCCCAAGGAUAGCUGGUCGACAAAGUCUGCAUAA